GGCUGCGGAGUGGGGAGAACUGAGAAGCGAGAUGGAAGAAGGGUUUUCCCCCAAUAUGCUCGGGAAAAUUCGGCCCAGCUCAACUAGAGGAAGCCCAAGCCCAGAAACCAGCCCAUUUCCGAUCUCACCGCGACUCGCACGGGCAGCAGCCGGCGAAAUGGAAUCCGGCGAGGGCGGCGGCUGCCGUCUCCCGGAGGAGCUGUUGGUGGAGAUCCUCCGCCGCCUCCCGUACAGGUCGCUCUGCCGCACCAGGUGCGUCUCCAGGUCCUGGCGCGACCUCUCCCACCACCCCGAACACCGCAUUAGGCUACCCCAGGACCUCGCCGGCCUCCUCUACACCAACCACGCCCCUAGCCCCCUCCACGGCGACUUCGCCGUCCCGUUCGCUCCGGCCGGCUCUUCCCCGUUCCCCGGCCUUGGGUUCCUGCCGUGCGGCGCGCGCGCCCUGCCCCUCGACUGCUGCAACGGCCUCCUUCUCUGCCGCGGCGGCGGCAGCGGCGGGUGUCACUACGUCUGCAACCCGGCUACUGGCAAAUUUACGACUCUCCCGGAACCCGCGUCUGGAUUCCAGGCGCUUGCCCUGGCUGGCUUCGAGCCCCACGGCGCCUCGCCUCGAUUCCAUGUUCUAAACUUUGCAAGAACCGUGCCUGUGCAAAGGGUCUUCUUUGAUGACGAUUUCGAAGAAUCCAACGACGACACUCUCUCAGAUGAUGGCGAUGCCUACGGUGGCCGCGAAUUGUUUGAUUCAUGUGAGGAGAGCAGCAAGUAUUGUGUCCAAGGACUUGAGGUAUUCUCGUCGGAGACCGGCAAGUGGGUGGAGAGCCACGUUUGUCGUGAGUCCCGUGUCAGGUUGGUUGAAGGAAUGGGCAGUGUGUUCAUCGAUGGCUUUGUUAAUUUGCUCACUCAUGAGAGGAAGGUUCUUGCCGUCGAUCCAGCAGGCCAGGCAUGCCGUCUGAUUUCCUUGCCGGUAUCCAGUUGGUUUGGGUUGGUCGGGUGCCUCGGACAGUCUCAGGGAUUCCUGCAAUAUGCUGCACAAGAAGACUGCUCCUGCACCAUGAUGCAGAUUUGGACUCUGAAAGAUUUCGAGAAAGGAGUGUGGAUGCUGAAGCACCGUUUCGAGAUUGAAGUGGCUCCGCAGACAAAGAUACUAUUUGAUUAUGCUGGUAACACCUUAUGCUCCGAAAUUUUCUACGUAGUUGUGUUUCAUCCCGAGAGGGAUCUGGUUUUCCUCCCUGUGGAAGGAUACAAGUUGCUCUCCUAUAAUUUGAUCAACACUGAAGUAAAAGAGAUAUGCAAGUUGGAACCGGAAACAAGACCUAGGUUCCUACUUUAUGUGCCGUCGUAUGCAGACUUUGUGAAGUGAUGAUUCUGAUACUUCAUUGCCACAGGCAUUAAACUGCAUCUCUGGGGAUCAUAUGUACCUGUACUUUUUAGUCUGUAUAACAUCCAUCGUUAAUCUGAAUGCAUGUUUGAUCUGUUCAAUUCCAUUCACAUGUCCUGCUUAUUAUCAUUGUUACUCUAUCAAUUGCAGCACUUAAUUGAUUUUUCUAAUUUGGAAGAGAAGUGAACAAAUGUUAUGGAUUUUCUCCCUGGUGCCCAUUCAAAAUAUCAUUUUCCUCUUCUACCAGUCAGCAAGUGGAAUUCAUCACUCAAGUCACCA